AUGGUUCGACUUCCAGAGCCUACGCCAGUCCCUCCCAACGUCCAUAUAAACGGCACAAGCAACCAUCUAGAGGAAGACCAAGAUGUCAGCAAAGAGAGAUUCUUGGUACCAGCUCUCCAGCUCCAAAUCCAGGAUCUCAAACAUCCCGGAGCAACGCGCUUCCUCAACGCUGUCAACGCGACCGACAGCCUGACUACUGGCACCCUGAAUCUCCUCAAGCUCCUAUAUCACAAGCCCUCUGACCCAGAGACGACAGUCCCACCGACCAGCUCAGUGACGCUCAUACUCGAGAACAUGCCUGGCGUGGCCUACACCGUCGGCUCUGGUGCAGACAACAACAUCAAGGAGAUUCACUUCUCACUACCAUACAUUGCCCAGAUUAAUCCCUCUCGCAUUGCUGAAGAAAUCGACGGUGUGAUAACCCACGAGCUCGUCCACUGUUUCCAGUACAACGGCCACGGCGCUGCGCCAGGGGGUCUCAUUGAGGGCAUCGCAGACUGGGUGCGCCUCCACUGCAAUCUUUCUCCUCCGCAUUGGAAGCAAGAGAUUACAGAGACCUGGGAUGCUGGAUAUCAGCACACGGCUUACUUCUUGGAGUAUCUGGAACAGCGCUUUGGACACGGUACUGUUUGCCGGAUAAACGAAAAGUUGAGAGGAAACAAGUAUCACGCGCACGAUUUCUGGAUGGAGCUUCUUGGUCAAGAGGUGGAAGAACUGUUUGCAGAGUACACGCAAUCAUUACAAUAG